AUGUUUAUUUCUCUGUUACUGAUCGCUUUAGGUGGCUUUCAUUCGGCGCACGCCCUAUCUUUGGAUCUCACUGAUCAUGAUGGACUUCCAGGUGAUAUAAAUAUAAGUCCGGAUGUCAGGUCGGAGAAGCAAUCGAUUGCUGAGAGCGUUAAAUAUACAAUUCUGAAAUUGAGUCGUAGAUGCACUAUAAGGACAUGUUGUCCUUAUCAUAUGCACUGUUGUCAUCAUAAUAAGCACUGCUGUAAACCCCAUUAUGGAACAAUACCAGCUUCGCGGAGUCAUUGCUGA